AAAUGCCCCAGCCAGAGCAGCGGGAGGCCAGAAAGAGAAGUGUGGACGCAGAGAUAUAACCGAGUUACCAAGGCAGGACAUCUUCGUCAAAGGAAGGAAAGAGCGGAGCAGGAAAGGAGGAAGAGAAAGGGCUGAAAUAGAGGAGUGAGCCUUCCACAGAGUUCAGUUUCACACAGAGCCGAUGGAGAUUCUACAGGUGGACAUGAAAUCUAGAUGAAUAAAUUAUAGACUGGAAUAAUCAUCUCAGCCAGUGUGAAGGAUUCAUUGGGGAAAGGAAAUUAUAUAACAAGUAAAGGAAAUUUUUCUGCAGGAGGAAAGGUGGUGUUUGAGGGAUCGGACGACCAACUUUAUUACUCUAAUCCAAAAACUAUACAUUCAUAGUUCAAAGACUGAUGAACGGCAAGAUGAGUCUUCCCCGUAACGGUACCUUGGAGAAGCCCGUGUCCCUGCAGACCGCCACGGACCGAGUGGAGCUCGACUCCCCUCACCCGCGCCUCCAUCACACCGGCUCCGUCUCCUCCAGUACUCCAGCAAACGUGUCCAGCUCAGGUGUGGUGGUUCCUCCUCCGUACUCGAUAGCAGGCAGUGCGCUGAACGAGUCUCCUCUGGAGCUGAGGGGCUCUCUGGACUGUUGGGCUUGUUCUGUUCUGGUUACAGCACAGAAUCUGAUCAUCGCCGCGCUCAAUGUGUGUCUGGCUGCGUUUAUCUUCGGCCUCAUCCUCUUGCCUUCGCUCGUCAUGGUCGCUUUUGGCUUCCUCUGCCAUUCAACGGUUCAGCGCCAUGGUACUUCCGUCUACUGUUCAGAUCUCUUGGAUGAUGGAGGAUGUGUGGCGUUACUGGUGGUGGGGUUCCUGCUGCUGGCUCCGCUCCUGGUUCUGGCUCUGGCCGCUUACUGCAGGAUGGCACGCCACCUCCAGCUGGGCCUGUGCUUCAUCCCCUACAGCCGUGCCGUCUACAAGAACCUUCCUGCAUCACAUCAUCGAGGCCUGGGGGGCUGCUGUGGCCAGCAGGAGGCAGGAGAGAGUGAGGGAAAGGGUAGCGUGUGGGUUUGAGCAGCCUAAAAAAAAAAGAGCAUGGUGAAUGUAAUGUGAAUAGCCAUAGCAAUAGGUCACAUACAAAGAACCAAAUAGUGCCGAUAUGUCAAUACAAGCAGUGCCAUGUUCUCAGCAGUUUUACAAAUUGUGCAUUUAUUCAACAUCAGAUUUUUUUAUCCAUGCUUUUGUAGUUAUGUUUAUUCAGUCCUUUUUAACUGGAUCAACCUAUAGACCUUAGUCGGGGUAGCACCAUAUUUCAUUUUUGACUGGAAUGAAAACAAGGCUAUAGUAGGGAUAGAAGUACAGUGCGUUCUAUUGGUUUUACUGUUGUUUAACAAUAUUGUUCAGCUGACACAACAUCUUUUUUUUUUUCGGAAGACAAAGCGGUUUUGAAAGUUCUGAAAAUUACAUGAACUGCACUCUUAAAAAUAAAGGUUCUUUAUUGCAUCAGUGGUUCCACGAAGAACCUUUACCAUCUAUGGAACCUUUUCAUUCCACAAAAGGUUCUUCGCCGUGGAACAGGGUUCUUUAGAUUAUUCAAAUGUUCUUCACACUAAGAAAAAAAAUGGUUCUUUUAAGAACUGUUCACUUAAAGGUUCUUUGGGGAACCAAAAUUCGGCAUCGCUGUGAAAACCCCCUUUUGGAACCCUUUAUUAGGAUCUUUAUACAGUGCGUGCCAUUGUAAAGCUGGUAAGUCUGUCCCUCACAGCCUCGUUUUCAUACAUGAUAAAUUCAGUAAUGGUGUCUAACCUAAGGUCUGUAAGAUGGUGAAAAAAGGUGGAACUAUUUUUAAAAACGAAAUGCUUAUUGUAAUGUUGGUCCUUUGUAAAAUGUGUUUGCAUUUUUAGUAUUUUAGUGAUUUGUGUACAUUUAUCAUAAGAAGCUCUUUGUAAAAAUGUUCUUAUUACUGUACAAACACCUCUCACUACUUAUAAAAUUCUAAAAUAAAUUUUUUUUAAAUGGUCAAUGUGUAGCAUGCUGUUUAGUCAUUUAUAGUGCAUUCUCCCAUGCAUUGUGAUAUUCUCCCAUUAUUUCAUUACAAAACUAUACACACUUUUCCCAUG